GGAUUUGAACUACAACAGUCUGGUCGAGUUUCCGACGGCCGUCCGCUCGCUCGGUCACCUCAAAGAACUUGGUUUCCAUAGCAACAACAUCCAGUCCAUCCCGGAGCACGCCUUCACUGGGAACCCGUCACUCAUCACCAUAUUUUUCUACGACAACCCGAUCCAGUGUGUCGGACGGUCUGCCUUCCAGAACCUACCAGAACUACGGACGCUCUCUCUGAACGGAGCUGCGGAUCUCACCGAGUUUCCAGAUCUGACGGGAACCAAGAGCCUGGAAAGCCUGACGAUCACAGGAGCUCGGAUCACGUCUCUGCCAUCGUCAGUGUGUGAACAGCUUCCAAACCUUCAGCUGCUUGACCUCUCCUAUAAUCGGAUCCAGACUCUUCCCAGCUUCUCCGGCUGUGAGAGCGUUCAGAAGAUUGAUCUGCACCAUAACGAGAUAGAGGAACUGGAGGAGAACACCUUCCACGGUCUGAUGUCACUACGCUCGCUUGACUUAUCGUGGAACAGAUUAUCGUCGGUGAAGUCGAACUCGUUCUCGGCUCUGCCUGCUCUGACCAAACUAGACCUGUCAUCCAAUCAGCUGUCGUCUUUGCCUCUGAUUGGUCUGCAGAGUUUAACUCACCUGCGAUUGGCUGGAAACACACAGCUGAUGGAGUUAAUAACCCGAGAGGACCUGCCUAGAGUCAGGGUGAUGGAGCUUCCUUACGCCUUCCAGUGCUGCGCCUUCGUCUCCUGUGAGAGGAGAGGAGGAGCAGGAGCAGGAGGAGGAGGAGGAGGAGGAGGCGGAAGUUCAUCCUGGGAGAGAGAGGAGUCAGCGGAUUCUCCUGGGAAAGAAACCUCCGUCCUGUCCAGCCAAGUCGAUCAGGACUGGGAGGAUUUUCUGAUCGAGUUUGAAGAUGAGCCUAAACUUCAGCACUCUGUCCACUGCAGCCCUGCACCAGGACCUUUUCGCCCCUGCCUCCAUCUGCUCGGCAGCUGGUUGAUCCGUGGAGGGGUGUGGCUCAUCGCAGUGCUCUCAUUGGUCAGCAACAGCCUGGUCGUCCUGUCAGUUUUCUUUUCCUCAGCCACUUCUGUGACACCACCCAAGCUGCUGAUUGGUCUACUAGCCUUGGUGAAUGGCCUGAUGGGAGUGUGGAGUGGGUGGUUGGCUGCAGUGGAUGCCUGGACAUUCGGCAGCUUCUGGAGGUACGGGGCAAGUUGGGAGAGCAGCUUCCUGUGUCGACUGAGCGGCUUCCUGUGUGUGUUUGCGUCGCAGACUGGCCUCUUCCUGCUCACCAUCGCUGCUCUGGAGCGAUACAUGGCCGCCGCUGCACGCCACCACAAAACCGACAGACACAACGGUCGCUCCUCAUCACCCCUCUCCAUCCGUCUGGCCGUCUGUCUGUGUUUCCUGUUGGGCCUCGCCGUCACGCUGCCCCCCCUGGUGGCCGGACACAGUAGUACCUCCCUCUGUUUGCCGCUGCCUUCCUCCUUGUCCUCAUCCUCCUUGGCCUUCACGGUCUCCCUGGUGCUCCUCGACUCAUUGUGCUUCCUCCUCAUGACCGUCGCCUACACUCGCCUCUACUGUAGAGCCAACAAAGCUCCACCCGCCGCCGAAGAGGAGGUGGCGUUGACUCGACACGUAGCCUGGCUGCUCUUCUCAGAUUGCCUCCUCUACCUCCCCGUCGCCUUCCUCUCCUUCUCCUCCCUGCUGCGCCUCUCUGCCGCCGGGCCGGAGGCAGCAAAGGGGGUGCUGCUGCUCGUGGCUCCGCUGCCGGCUUGUGUCAACCCACUGCUCUACAUCCUCUUCAACCCGCUCGCCCGGCAGGAGCUGGCAGCGCUCGCCAAACGCACCUGCGGGGCUGUGGGCGUUCUGAGACUUGGCAGGGGAGGAGGAGGAGGAGGAGGAGGAAGGUCGAGACCGAACACGAUGGAUUCAACGUACGAUGAGGACGCAGAGAAGCAGUCAUGUGACUCCACGCAGGCGCUGGUGGCUGUCGGAGGCAUGAAGGAGGAAGAGGAGGAUGAGAGAGGAAGGAGUGACACUCAGCAUUCGGUGGCGUUUGCUCCUCAUCAUUAGACUGACACACAAACACAAAUGUGAAGUUCUCACCUGCCAAAUUUCAUCUGACUCACCUGAACUCAUCAGUCACAUUCUGCCGAGACGUGACCGGAAACUGACACAAACGUAUCCGGGACGUUGCGUUGUUGCGUUGAGCUGGUCUGUUACACAGAACCACGUGGGAAGUUGUUGCUGCAAGAUAAAAAAACGAAGCUCAUGUUUUAAAUCUACGUUUUUUUAUUUUAACGACCGCGUGACGUUUCCUCCGGUGCCACCUUCAGGACAAAUUUUACAUUUCACGCUGAGAUUUUUUUUCUUUCAGCCUGUAGGGGGCGCUGCCACGACUUUUGGCAGGUGAGUCAAAGACUCACACACACACACACAUAUAUACAUACAUAAAUAUAAAUAUACACUGAUGGGACUGUGUGGUAGCAAAUGUAGCAGAGCACGGUGAAAGAAGCAACUGACAUGAAGGCGUUCACCAUGUACUGUUCUGCUGCAAAACGACCAGAACUUUGCUUCUUCAGGACAUGUUCUGCUCUCUGAUUGGUCAGUCCUGGACUUUAUACCUGAGGACACACACACACACACACACACACGCACACACACACAGACACACACAGGUAUUACAAGUCAGUCAGCAGCUUUUAUUUUGAAAUAUGACACGAUUUGCAGCAUCGUGUUACCAAAUGUUCUACCAAAUGCUGUUGAGCAUUGUGUGUGUGUGUGUGUGUGUGUGUGUGUCCACAGCUAAUAUGUUUUUGCGAGUGUGUGUGAAAGCUGCAGCGUCUGUGUGAUUUUUGUCACAGGGUCGAUUCCAGAAACUGAAAACAGUCUCCACAGUCGGACGCCUGCUCAUGUUUAAUUAUCUGAAUUGUGACGUUGAUGAUGACGUCAGGUUGUCCACGUUUAUGUUUCCUGCAUGGAACAACACGAGCGUGCUCAGAACUAUCUGAGAUGUUUUGUAGUCCAUCUUCUGGACUUUGUAGUUUUACGUCAGUAACAUCCUCCGUCACAUCCUGACGUAGUCUAGUGUGAGAGCUCAAAGCUCAAACGAACAGACAGUCCUGACCAAAAGUGUGUGUGUGUGUGUGUGUGUGAGAGAGUGUGUGUGUACAUAUUGUUGUAAAUACAGGCUACUGUGACAAUCCUAUUUUCCUGUCUGUGUCUGUGAGCUUCUGAAUGAUGUUUGUGUGUUACAGCUUCAAUUAUACUUCAGGUCAUUUCAGGUGUCUCAAAACCUGGACAUAGUCUCUGUGACGUCCCCACAGACUGUCUAAAACCUGGACGUAGUCUCCGUGACGUCCCCGCAGACUGUGUAAAACCUGGACCUUUGUUUUUUUAGACACAUGAAGUGACUCGGUGUAAAUGACGUUUCUCUGUUUGUCGUUUGUUCGUUGUUGUUUUGUUACAAACUGUAAAAUUUAAAGAUCCUGAUGAACAACAAAGAGCGGCGGUGACUAAAGGUCCCUUUACUUCGUGGCUUUCAGCCCGUGUCACAGUCUUCAUCGACUGGACGUACAGGACGGCUCCAAACUGUUCUGUCGCCAUGGCAACUGAGGACGACAUGUGAUGUGGCUCCAGAAAAAGACUUUAAGAUGAAAGAUGUUUUUUUGUGAAUUUGUGUUUGUCGUGUUCAAAGCUUUCACGCUGACUUCCUGCGGGCGGAGUCUUUUUUUUUGUCUCCUCCCACAGUCGUCGUCAUGGAAACAUUAAAGAAAAACAAAGACUUAACCGUGAGCUUUGAUCCGAUGUUGUGUAAAAUAUCUGAAUGUUUUCUUCGUGUUACUUUAGCGACGACGCGGCUCUGUGUGUGCUUCCUGUUUGUGAUUGUUGUGAGUCUGCUGUGACUCAUUCAGAGCUCAUCGAUCCUGAAACAUAUUCAUGCGUCAUCACACAGCUCGGUCACACUGCGUGUUUUCUCGUAUGAAGGUCAUCCAUGAAAGAUGAAGCAUCUAAUAUUUGAUGCAGUUUUUUGGAGGUUGAUGCUCGGAUACUCUUCAACGUGACACCAGGAGGACGUCGCGUAUCACCAGUGGUUUCACAGUUUGACAGCAGUAAUACCUUUACAGGGUGUGUUGAAUCUUACAUUUCAGUUUAUUUUCUACAGUACAUUAGUGUACCCCACUAGAUGAAACUAAAUCCUACACGCUGGACCUUUAAUGCUGUUUUAGAAGUUCCCCUGUUCUUCUCUGGUACUGAAUCCACUCUUGCAGCAUUGAUUCUGUAUGCGUCACACAGUGUUACAGUCACUUUAUUCAGCUCAGGAAGAUCUGGUUUGAUUUCUUGAACCUGUGUCAAAUCUAGACUGAUUGUAAAAAGCUUUUAGUUUUUAUCAAAAUUUAAAUUUUCUCUUCAUCUAUUGUUCAAAACUAUCCAUCGCCUCUGGUUUAAACUUAGAAUCCCAAGUCAACCAACUCAAGAACACUCAGCUUCACUUCAGCUGCGGUCACUCAUUACUAAUUAUAACAUCGCCUGCGUCAGAAACCAGGAUCCGGCUCUUCCUGUUUCUUCAAACACAACAAACUUAGUCAGUUAAUGAUCUAAUUAACUUUCUAUGAGUCUGAUCUCAUAGAAACUUUAUGAACCGGAAGAAGCGGCCGAGGUGAGUCACGCUGAAUUCAUGCUAAAGCAAUCGCACAAUUACCCAGAGCGAAGACGGCGAGCGUUGAGUCACUGUUUGUUAUUUCUGAGGUGGUUUCUUCGACGCUCAGUGACUUCCACAUGAACCACGACAGAAACGAAUGAACAUUUCCAGCAAACGGAUUAUUUUGGUUUGUAAGAAAACCUCCAUGUCUGUGAAGUGAAGUUCCUCUAACGUCCAC